ACUGCCAGAGAGGGCCUGCCAGCCAGAAGAUCGACAGCAGGCGCACGUGCUGCACGUAAACAUUCGCCACCGGCACUCAUCUUCAUGUCACCUGGAAAUUUACCAUGCCAAAAUCCUUUUUAUUGACAAAUCGGAGGUUUUUAAUUGAAAAGAAGAAGUUCAAAGAAUCCCCUUCAGGGAAACCGAGUAGAAAUGAAAAGACAACACAUGACGACGGCUAUGAAGCUGGGCAGUUGCAAAACUGGGAUGACAAACCGUCCCAAACAACACCGCAACAGUGUCCAGAGUUUGUAGAUUACCGUCAGAUCUUUUACAUCGAACACGACGAAAGACAUCCUCCGACCAAAGACUUUUCGAAUGAAACUGAUACUGAUGAUAAUGACACACCAAAAGAUUUGUCAACAAAAAGAAGAACAUCACCAUUCAUACCAACACGGGCAAACGAAGCAAGUUUGCCAAAACUCAAUGAGGGACACAAUGUCCCUCAACAAAUUUCGACUGCGCACACGAUUCAUGCCCCAUCUUACAUGAUUGGACAACGACCAUCAUAUUCCUACUUUCAAUAUCCCGAUGAAAGUAGUGGACAAAGAGACUACACAACUGAAGCUGUACCCGAUUAUAAACGAACGGCACAGACCCCGUCAAUGCCAUCAGAGCACCGACCGGAAGUAGAACUGUCGCCGUAUAACAGGUACUCGGACUUCAGUGCUGAACUUCGACCUGAAUUCUCACCCAUUAACCGUUGUCAUGCGGAAUGCUCUGACCAUUUUUCGCUUUUGUACGAUCUAAUAAGGAACACUAAUGGUCUUUUAGAGCACAGGGAACAAAUAGAAGCCCCUUUAAAUGCAAAAAGGGCACUCAAUUUCGACAAUCCGACUUAUUCGCCGGUUAUAGAACCAAUAUCACCAAGAUCAACUUCAGGAAACGAGCACGACGCCUUUAACAACUAUCCAUGUGAAGAAUGUGGAAAGAGGUAUAGCACCUCAAGCAACCUGGCCCGACACCGACAAACUCACAGAUCUUCAAGCGAUAAGAAAGCCCGGAAAUGCCCUCAUUGCGAAAAGGUGUACGUGUCAAUGCCUGCUUUUAGCAUGCACGUCCGUACACACAGCCAGGGCUGUGAAUGUCCGUACUGUGGCAAGAGAUUUAGCCGACCUUGGUUACUACAGGGUCAUAUCAGAACCCAUACAGGUGAGAAACCAUUUGAUUGCCCAAAAUGCGGAAAAUGUUUUGCCGACAAGUCCAACCUUAGGGCGCAUGUGCAGACUCACUCGACAGAGAAACCAUACGUAUGCGGAAGGUGCGGUAAGGCGUUUGCUCUAAAGAGCUACCUCUACAAGCAUGAGGAGUCCUCAUGCAUGCGCGGACAACGCAAUAGGGCUAAACUUGAGAAACCAGGAACGCGUGCGCACAAACACCGGAACAGACAAAACUCGAUUCACGACUCAUCACCAAGUACCCCAGAAAGCUUGGCUUAACGGACAAUGGCAUGGUAAAUUUUCCAAUCAUCUCGACCAAGUUCAUACUUGUAAUUCUUUACAUCCUUUUCACUACAUAAAUCUCAUUAAAAUCCUGGACUGGACCAUUCCAAAGUACGAAUACAUCGUAUUGGUGCAUCUUAACAUAUUCUUUCGAAUUCAAUAUCUUUUUUCAAAGAGAAGCAGCAUUCCGUGGCAAACCGUUCUACUGCCAGAUUUCCGUUGUCAAAUCGCACAAUCAUUUAUCACCUAAAUAUACAUUUUAGCGGAUCUUCGAUAGCUUUUUAUUCCAUUAAUUGUGAUUUCACACCUGUUUACACUAUAUACGAAAAGAAAAUACCGCAACCACGAGCAGCCAUUUUUUUUAGACUGAAACAACGAUUUCUAGUUUUAAAAAAAAAUCUGCGUAAAACGGCGUCAAACUGUAAGAUUGAUUGAACGUACUCUUCAACACUGAACAAUUCUUUAGAAAUCGAACACAAAAUAGACCACAUACAAUAACUUUUUUUUUACUGUAACCUCGUUUUAGUCGUGACCUUUGGUUUAUGGUUGUCAUGGACACUGCAGCAAUACAUCAUCUAUCAUGUGUAUUCUCACAUGGUUUUCAUUAAGUCGAACUUCACGACAAUUUCAUCUUUAGUUGUUGUCCGUCCGAAAUUGACGAUAAAGCUAUAUCUCUAUGAAAGCCAGAAGGCGAAGUCAAAGAAUAGAACCAAUCGGGAUCUGAUAAAGAUUCCGAAAUGUGGAAAGCAUUAACGAUAUGAUGUCCCAUCUAUGGCCUUUUUGAUAAGAAUACUGAACCAAUCGAACCAUCGAAUGACACGAAUCUUAAUUUUAUAUACGUAUCAAGAUUCAGUCAGAUAUCGCAAAAGUGCUAAAAACUACAACUUUUUUUCAUUUUCUGUACAUAAGUUCUUUAAGAGCGUGAGUGUUUUUUCACCAGUUUUAGUGCUUUUUUUCAUGUGUGAGUUAUGUGUGAUUAUUUAUUUUAAUUUAUUCAUUCUGGAGUGUUGUGCGUUUUCAUAUUUAUUACUUAUUUAUAGAAAUUUUGUUUAAAUUUUUCCAUGAUGGUCAUUUACAUAAUUUAUUUAUAAUACUGUAUACAUGAUGAUAUCGGUUUUUAAAUACAAAAUCGACAUCGGGCUUUAUUUGAUUUUUGUUGAGACGUUUUACAUUUGUAAUGAUUGUAGAUUUUUUUAAAAUUAUCUUUUUUAAUUCACAAAAAGUGAUUACAUGUCAGAUGUUGAAUUACCUUAUUUCCAUUCUUUUUCUCUCUAUUUUUAUACAUUUUUCCUUAAUUGUAUUUGUGUUCUUUUGAAAUUUGUGUGGUGCGAAAGCUUAUGCCAUUUUUGACAGAUUUUAUCAAAGGCUUUAACUGUUGCAAGCGAGAUCUAGAAGUUAUAAUGGUAUGGAAUCAUACAAAAGUUUUCAAAGUUUUUCAAAUAGUUUAUAUCUUUAAUGGCAUUAACUUAACCAAAGCUAUGGUUAUAAUAAGAAUGCAGAAAAAAAAUGUGUUGUCCCAUUUGCUAUGAGAAUAAAUUCAGGAACUUUC